AUGGCAAUCUUAUCUCCUCCCAAACUUAUCGCCACAGAUCCACUUUCUCUCUCCGCGCAUUCUCCCCCAAACACAUCCCGCACCUGCUCCCCGUCGUUCGCGCCCACCACGGCGAGGUCGCUCCGGGCCGAGCUCGCGGCGCCGAGCGCUUCCACGGUGCUCCCUCCUAUUCCUCAAGCCGGCCCGCUCGCGGAGGCUCCGCUCCUCUUCUCCCUCGCAGUUCUUCCUCGCGGUGGCCUGCGGCGAGAGGGCCGGCGCCUGCGCGACGACGUCGGCGGCCACGAGCUCUCGCACGGGCGCACCGCGGCACGGGCGGGCGACCCGCCCCCGGUGCUCUCCCCCAUCGCGCUGGACCCCCCGUUGAUGCUCUACCCGUCGGCGCCGACGAGGCUGGGGUCGGCGCACCACCGGCUCACCAUCACCGACCACGACGGCGGCAGCCGCCUCGGGCAUCGGGGCCGUCUACGACCGGGCCAAGGCCCGGCCGUCGGCAUAUGGUGCCCGCGCCGCACCGUUACAUGGGAGCUGGUCGAGCUAGACCAGCUCCCAACCCUAACUCGCCAUACUCGCCCCGCCCGCGCCGCCGGCCUCUGCGCCGCCCGCGCCCGCCCCCUCCCGUCGCCCGGCCGCCCCGCCGCCGGCCGCCCGCUGCCCCUCCCCUCCCCGGCCGCCCUCCUCCCCACGGUCUCUGCCUCCCCGCCGCCGACCUCCGCCUCCCCGCCGCCACCCCUGCUCGCGCCGCCGCCUCGUGCCGUCGUGACCGCCGACCUCAUGACCGCCCCGUCGUGA